UACAACGCUGUGUGAACACUGAAAAAAACACAGAUGAGAACUCAGAAGCUAUAGUUUAAAAAAAAAAAAUGGAUUUCUCGGAGAAGGACCUUUUCGGCGAAGAUUCCGACAACGAACAAGAUGGGACCCGCUCAACGUCGCCGUCGUCGUCCUCCUCUUCUUCCGCUUCAUCCUCAUCCUCGUCCUCUGCCUCUACCUCCAACGGCACUGAAGGUGAAGGCGGCGGCGGCGCCAACUCGACCUCCUCCGGCAGCGGAACGGCAAGCAGCGGCGCCGCCGCUGGAGAUGACGAUGACGAAAACGGCGAUGAGGUGGAGCAAAGUAACAAGGCUUCUUACGCUAAUUAUAACGAUCAUGAUGAUGAGUAUGAAGAUAAAGAUCUGUUUGGCUCUGACAAUGAAGAUUAUUGUAAAACCCUUGUCAAAAGCCCUUACCCUAUUCCCGUGUUGCCUGCCAUUCGCAACACGAACAAUCAGGGUAGAGGGGGUUUUGGUGGCCGCGGUCGUGGUCGCUGGCAGCCGGGACAUCAGAAUGAUAGAGGCGCCGGCCUUCUUCCUCGUCCUGGACCAUAUCCCCAGAGGCAAAAUUUUGGGUAUGGAAACAGGUUUUCCAAUGGUCGCCACGAUGAACGGUUUGUCUCUGAAAUGAAGCUGUCUAAGAGCGAAGAAACUCUGUCAAGAAAGUGCAUUGCUUUUCAGGAGCCUUGUGAAAUUGCCUGUUAUAGUCGUGUAGAAGGUGGACAAGUAUUUUUCGAUGAUCGUAGUGUGAGGCUUUUUAAGCGUCUUAUCUCUGAAGAUGUUGGGGCUGAUUUGAAUGAAGGUUAUGAUACAUUCAUUCCCAAACAAGACUUAGGGUCAGAAGGCUUUGGUGACCUUCUUGCUUGCAUUAGAGACAAAGGUAUCCAACUUCAAAACAACAUUCAUUUUGUGACAUUCCGCAACAAUCUUAACAAGAUUAUGGCUACAGCAUAUAUCCGACAUGAGCCUUGGGAAAUGGGGGUGCACAAAAGGAAUGGUGUUGUCUAUCUUGAUGUACAUAAACUACCAGAAAGACCACAAAGUGAUUUAGAUCGCAGGAGAUGUUAUUGGGGAUAUUGUUUUGAGAGCCUUGCCACUGAAGAUCCUACAAGAGAUGAUGGAGAGGGGAUACAUCAUGUCAAUGCCAAUGUUGAAUUUUGUACUGUGAUUAAGACAAAAUUAGGGGCCCACCGGAUGGAGCUAAAAACAAGUCGUGAGUUGGAAUAUCAUACUGAGGAAAAAUAUGAGAGAGAGAAAUUGUUAAAAUUUUGGAUUCAAUCAUUCCUGGCAGGUGUUCCGUAUAUUGUCAUAGGAUUUAGGGAUGAUUCUGGUCGUCUUGUUCGGACAGAAAGACUUAGAACCAAAGAUAUUACACAGAGAGUAAAAAUGAAGAACUACUGGCAGGGGGGAGUCUGCUUGGCUUUCGCUGACGAGGUAUUAUGCUGGCUGUAUGGAACCGUCAAAGAAAAUGCAGAUUAUAUAUUGCAGUUUGCUCCACCCUUCAACCGUUUGGAGCUUUUGCAGGCUCAGUCUUGUCCAGAUGCAAUUACUAGUCAUCUGGAUUUGUUGUGAACAAUUUGAGACCUUACAGUCAUCAUCAUAUACACAAUUCAUUAUACAGAAGAAAAGGGGAACCUCAACUUUGGGAUUUCCCACAGUUCAUGAACCUUUUGGGUUAGGGUAUACUAUGUGAAUGCUGAGAAUUGCAUUCCAUCUUUAGAUAGCAAUUCGAGAAAAGACAUUAUGCUCUCCUUGACUCACUGGAAAAAUAGUUUCAGAUUUCAUUAUUUCCAACUUGUUACUCCAUAUUUUCAAUAACUUUCUUUCUUUCGAAAACUUUAAAAAUCCUUUAACUUGUUGGAAACAGAAAGAAUUGACUUACAAUAAUUAGGAUAUUGGGAAAGCAUUUUCUUAUGCACUUUAUAUUAAGAACACUACUUGAAUGGGGAAAACGUUGUUUUGAAGGAGGUAAUAGAAUCAAAUUUGUCGAUGUAUCAUUGUAGAAAAUUUAAAUUAAAGUUCUAUGCUCCA